UAUAUACGCGCGUUUGUGUUUCAUUUUCAUUUUAGUACGGAACCUUAUAUAUAACUACUAUUCUACUAUUUAUUAGUUUUGAUCCAUUAGAUUGAUGAUGAAUAAGAGGCAGCAAUUUGAGCGAGUGUUUAACCACUUUGAUGAGAAUGGAGAUGGGAAGAUAUCGCCUUCGGAGUUGCAGCAAUGUGUUAGGAAAAUGGGUGGAGAGCUUUCCGUUGCAGAUGCAGAGGCAGCGGUGGAGUUUUCAGAUUUGGACGGAGAUGGCUCACUGGGGCUCGAAGAUUUCGUUAAGCUUGUUGAGGGGGGUGAAGAGGAAGAGAAAGUGAAGUCUUUGAAGGAGGCUUUCAAAAUGUAUGAAAUGGAAGAAAGUGGUUGUAUUACACCCAAGAGUUUGAAGAGGAUGCUUAGCAGAUUGGGCGAGUCUAAGACCAUUGAUGAAUGCAGAAUUAUGAUCUCUUGGUUUGAUCUCAAUGGUGAUGGAGUCCUCAAUUUUGAUGAAUUUAAGGUUAUGAUGUUAGAUCAUUCCUAGAUUUAUCAAUUCAGACACACACAUAUAUAUUCAUUCUUUGUACAUGAUGUUUUUCAUUAAUUUAGUUUUAGAUAGGUGUAGGAUGAUUCGUUGGAUAUUUAUGAAAUAAAUGCCUCCCCUAUAUAUGGCAUAUUUAAUUACUU